AUGUUGGCUCUAACUAAAGUAAACCUGAUCUUCAGAUAUCUAUCUGGUGGUAAUCAAAAAGGUUGGGCUAAAUUAAAGCUGUUGGUUUGCUUUGGAUGUCUUUGGCUGCUGGCCUGGGCACUUCCGGAAUCUGUAUCGCAAGUCUAUGAGGAUGAGUUGGACGAAGUUAAUCUUUCUGAUUCAGAUGUGCAAUUAGAGUCUCUUAGACUGGUCGUAACCAACCAAACAACGAAGGAUGAGUAUAAGUCGAUGCUUAAGAAUAUUGUCGAACACAAGUAUGCUCAUAUUGAGAUAGAUAACCAACUCGCCCGCCCAGUCAAUGCCACAAGCGAACCAUAUUUACACAACGUAAUUGCGGCCGCUAUUAGCUCCACUGACUGUCACCUUUUGAGUUUAACCGGGCUUAGUCUUGGUUUAAAGAGUCGGACUAAGCUUAUUGCCCACUAUAAGGAUCUCAUUGACCGUUUUAUUAAGAGCCAUCCAGAAUCUCUUGAUCUUCCGGGGAUUAGUAUAGAUAUCCAAGACUGUGACUUUAUGUUCAUUACUACACUUCAUAAGCUAGUUGCAACUAAGCGAACACUUCAUAAGCUUAACGUGAAGGGCUGUGCCGAAAUUCCAAAUCUCGCCUGGGUUCAAUCACUUCCUUGGUCCUUCACACAGGAAUGUGUCUUUUCGAUAACGAACUGUCAUCUGGCCGAUAAUAUUCAAACGAACUUGUAUCACUUGGGCCAGGCGACUGCAAUGUUCAACAAUUUAUCUAUUUCAGUAAGUAAUAUUGUUUGUGACGCUAUUGUUGAAGGCUUUGUGUCAAUUACUACUAAAAUUAACCUAUCACGAGUUACGCUUAGUCUUAGCCUUGGCAGAAUCUAUGACUUAGUUGUGCUUAAUUCAAGGAUUGUUAAUCUAGAGAAGCUAACUAUUACGGAGCCGAAGCCGGACGAUUGCGAACCUUGGCUUGAUCAACUUUCGGCUCAACAUUCUAAAUGGGUCCGAAAGUCUUGGCACAUCGUGCAACCAGUAGAAGUUCAGAUGUCGAAAUAUUACUAUCAACAGGCAAGCAAAGAAAGUACCCUAUCUGAAUUCUUAACUAAGAUAGGAAUAGUUGGCAAGGCUGAACAGGUUAUCUUUACUUAUCAAGAUUGGUCUAACCUCAUGAUUUUCAAACUGUUUAGAAUUCCCUACACAAAUAGUAACCUCGAUUCAGAACAACAAAAUAGCGGCCAUUGCCGAAUAGAUUUGACCAAGAUGGUUAGCCAUGAAUCAAUUCAACUUAUUCUCUCCCAAUACAUUGCCCACUACCGGGCCAUUCCGCAGAGCUCGUACGAGACUGUUGAGAUUGUUGGUGGUCAAAUCAUCAGCUCAGCAAAUAAGACUGACAUCGAGCACUGGACAGCUACUUUACGUGAGCUCUUGACUAUUUGUGCCCUUAUCAAAGUACGACGAGUGGUGGUGAGCGGUAAUGAUGAGUAUAAACUAACUGCAUCUACUUUAGCUAAGUCCUCCUCGGCAGAGUCUCUUCUAACUACACCAACUCCAACUACACCAUCUUCAAGUAGCCGAUUAAGCAAUGCAUCCGAAAGAUCCAAACGAGGCUCUAUCACGUCUGGUUCAGCUAAUUCUCGCAACACUAACACUCUUUAUUCAGAAGCAGAGGACAUAACAUUUAGACCGCCAACUCGGUCUGAGACCCCGGAGUUUGGGACACUAGAGCUUCUCAAUGUUACUCUUCCGACAAUCUUGCUGGUGGUAGAAGAUCUUCCCAGUACGGGUUACUUUAAAACAAUAGAAGUAUUCGGGCCGAUAGAGCUAGAUUCUUUUGCCAGCAAGAUAUGUGACCUGCUAAGCACUUACCCUAAGCCAGAUAUUGCUCUAAUUAGAUUUUAUGGCCUAAAUGGGAUGCCUUUCGAGAUCAAACCACUCUCCAGCCAAUCUAAUCCUACCACUAAUCCUAUUCGGCAAUCUUGA